UAUCUUCUUCCUCAACCAAUCCGACAAAUGGGAGUUUCAAUAACGACCUCUCAUUGGCGUUUAUCGUCACCGGCGACUCCACACCCGACCCAAUAAUCGGAAACUUGUUUCCGUAAUCAAAAUGGCCUGUGGGCUUCUGGUUUGGAGCUCAGUUUCCCUUUGCUCUACCUCUUUCCCUGCACUUUCCUUCUCUCUCUCUUCUUCCAGACGUACCCAAUUAUCAGUCUCCGCCUCCGUCGAAACCCCCGCCGCCGCCGCUGACGAUGCUCAGCAGCUGUCGGUGAGGGAGCGGAGGAAGCUGAGGAACGAGAGAAGAGAGAUCAAAACCACCACCAAUUGGAGGGAAGAAGUAGAGGAGAGGCUCUGCAGGAAGCCCAAGAAGGAAUUUGCCAAUUGGACUGAGAAGCUCAAUCUUGAUUACCUCGCUAAAUUGGGUCCUCAAUGGUGGGUUAUGCGUGUUGCUCGUGUUCGAAGCCAAGAAAUUGUCGAACGCCUUGCUCGUUGUCUUGCUAGGAACUACCCUGACCUCGAUUUUAAGAUAUAUUACCCGUCGGUUAAGGAGAAGAGGAAAUUAAAGAAUGGUACUUACACCGUUACACCAAAAGCUGUUUUUCCUGGAUCUGUAUUUAUAAGGUGUGUCAUGAACAAGGAGAUUCAUGACUUCAUUAGAGAGUGUGAUGGAGUUGGAGGCUUUGUUGGUGCCAAGGUCGGAAACACUAAACGACAGAUAAACAAACCAAAGCCAGUAUCCGAAGCUGACAUGGAAGCAAUUUUCAAAGAGGCAAAGGAUGAGCAAGAAAGACACGACCAGGCUUUCCUAGAGAAAGAGCAAGAGGAAGCUCCAAAUACUAGCGCACUCAAAACUGACUUAGAUACAAAUGGUACUACUGCUACGAAGCACAAAGGAAGACCCAAAAAAGCUGUUAAUACUUUGUCGCCAGGGUCAACAGUUCGAGUGGCAUCAGGUACUUUUGCAGAAUUUGAAGGCUCUCUUAAGAAGCUGAACCGUAAAAGUGGAAAGGUAACUGUGGGAUUUACACUAUUUGGGAAGGAAACCCUUGUAGAUCUUGACAUUGGUGAUAUUAUAGUAGAGACAAAAUGAAUGAAUUUACUUUCUCAGUCAUGUAAAGUGUGGACGAAACUCAUGGAGUUGGAGAAUAAGCAAGCAGCUCCAGCUCUCAGCUCUCAAAGCAUAUUCAUGAACCAAAGAACAUAAAAGUACUGUUGCUUGAAUUGACAGACAGCCCACGUUGAUGAACAUGUCCACAAAUCAGCUUUGCUUCUUUGAAAUUACUCUGCAUUCGGAGAUUCUUACUGGAAAUCAAAUAGGAUCUUGAAGGAAUUGGCAGCCAAAUGUAUUCUUGUUAGACUUUUGAGAAAAUUAAACUAGGAAAUAUCAUGAUGAAAUCAUACCUGAGUAGCUCUUGUAAAUUCAAAUAUCUUUGAAGUCACAAAUUCACCAUAAUUAUAGAGGUGUUCAAGAUCCGAUUCGAUCUACCCGUCAAACCGGACCAAACUAAAAAGUUUGAUUUUGGAUGUA